CAAUUUACUUCUCCUGGAUCAUUGUGUAUAGUAAAACCGAAGCUCGAAGAAAACCUGUUAGAGGAGCACAUUUUACAAGCACAAAAAUUAAGUUUUCUACCAUAACAAGGUGCCCUGGUCAUCACCCAGAAAAGAGUGGGACUGUGGAUAUGAUAUUAUCUGUGCCUGAAAUUAAUCAGCACAAAGAAGCCAGGAGAAGAUAGCAUACACAUAAACCGUACAUGUCAUAACAAUGGUAGGCCUGUUUGACCUACCAUAUAAAGCCCCCUGUUUCAGCCGGACGUAGAUCGUUAUCUCUACCACUGCAAGUUGAACUGUUGCAAUGGUCCGGCUGAUUAUGAAACGGCCAGCUCUAUGAACUUGGUCCAAAGGAGGAGGGAGAUCAGCCAUAUCAACGGAGAGAGAGACAUUGGACAGAGGGAGAGGUGCGGAGGAGGAUGACCGUGAUAAACAAAACCACUGACCACGGACAAGGCAGUUAACACGCCCCUCACUGCGUGAAGUGAAGUGUUUAUUAAGCAGAAGGUUUGAGGGAGAAGACUGCAUCAGACGAGGGCCCCACCCCUGGCUUCCAGCUCCAACAUUAUUGACCGGCUUUAACAGAAAUAGCUGUCACCUAGCGCAGCCAUGUUAUUUAUGCACUACCACAGAAAAUAAAACCUGUCUUCCAUGAAUGGAUCUUUCUUACAAUAUUGUCCGGAAGUCACCGGAAACCUGAGGUAUGUUCACAGUUGUUAGGCUUGCAACAUACGAUCGAUCUGGCAGAAAAUGCGAUUUGUGACGUCACACUAACUUCCUGUCUCAGCAUGACCGCUAGCAGGAAUGCAACUUCCUGGCUUGUUGUCAGCAUCGUUUGUUUCACCACAGCAAGCCUUCAUCUGGCAUUUGGAAGUGAAGCCGUUGGUCUGAAGGAGCUCUUAGAAUGAGGACUAUGUCGGCGUCAAACACCGGACCAAAAGGCUCAACAGCCCAACACAUCCCCACACUGAACAUCCUCCCCCCGUCCUCAGACACCGAGGCCUGGUCCCGCUCCCCCAGUCCCAGGCCUCCUCGGCGCCACCACCGCCCCCAGCGGACCAAGGCCCGGACCAAGAAGAGGAGUGACGAAGAACACAAGGACUCUCCCAAACCCCGGUGGGAUGGAACUGAGGAGGAGGGAGCGGAGCGGGUGACAGGGAGCUCUGCUCCUCAGAGAGGCCACUCGCCUCGCCUGGCACCCCACGAGGAGGACGAGGUCCUUGGCCCCACCCUGGAUCUCCUACUGCCCCCGUCGUCUCGCGUCUCCCGGUCGCGUAGCUCGUCUCCUGGCCGGCGCUCACGCUGGUCUCUCAGGGGUCUGCUCGGAAAGGAGUCUGAUUGGGACAGCUGCAGCACCGCCAGUAACUCCCCGCGCAGCACCCCAGGCAGUUCCCCAUCCCUGCGGCGCCGGGUCUUGGGGGGUGGGGGGGGCGGCAGGACCAGCGAUGCAGAGGGCGGCUCGGUGGAACGCCCCGGGGAGCGGGGCGGUUCGGACAGCCCCCUGCCCUCCUCCUCCGCUGCCUCUGCCUACCCCAUCGCCUCGCGCCACUUCAGCCGAAACGCCAAGAAAAUGCAGAGCUGGUACAAUGUUCUCAGUCCCACUUAUAAACAGCGCAAUGAGGAUUUCCGUAAACUGUUCAAGAAGCUGCCUGACACGGAACGUCUCAUAGUGGACUACUCCUGUGCGCUACAGAAGGACAUCUUACUCCAGGGACGACUCUAUCUUUCUGAGAACUGGCUCUGUUUCUACAGCAAUAUCUUCCGCUGGGAAACCACUAUCACCAUCCUGCUGAAAGAUGUCACCACACUGACCAAGGAGAAGACUGCCAAGCUCAUACCCAAUGCCAUUCAGAUCAGCACUGACCACGAUAAGCACUUCUUCACAUCUUUUGGGGCAAGGGAUCGAAGCUACAUGAUGAUCUUCAGACUGUGGCAGAAUGCACUGAUGGACAAGCCCUUGUCCCCGAAGGAGCUGUGGCACAUAGUGCAUCAGUGUUACGGCACCGAGCUGGGUUUGACCAGCGAGGACGAUGACUACGUCUCCCCCACCUCCGAGCACAUUAACGGCCUGCUGCCAGUGGAUGAGUCAGUCUCUGUCUCUGACCUGUUGGACCUCAGCUCUUUGGGGGCCAUAGCCUCUCUGGGCAGCUCGUCCCCCUCCUCUCUGGCAGCCUUGUUCCCCAGCGGUCCCCUGCCCUCCGGCUCCUCGCCCCCCUCCACUGCCACGUGUCUCCCGAUAGACAUCCCCGGGAGCGUCUCUCUGGAGCCCCCGGAUCCCAGCCCGCCCAGUUCCCAGAGCUCGCUGCCAUCCACCACACACUCCGCGCACACACACACCGCCUCCUUGUCGGCCUCGGCAGCCACCUCUUUUAAUGUGGAGGAGGGCGGCGACGGCCUGCUGGAGUCGGCCAAUCAUGCCAUGCCCCCGUCUGCCACCAGCCUAGGGAACCUCUCAUUGGACCAGCUCACCAACGACGACGAGCUGCCCACCGACCCCAGCAACUCGUCAGACACACAGGAAGAGGGCGAGGUGGAGUCGUUCUGUGCGGACCUGGCUGGCCGGCUGCACAUCAACAUGGCGGUGCGCAUGAGUGUGGACAAGCUGCACGACCUGCUCUUUUCGGCCGACACACACUUCAUUCAGCACCUCUUCUCCCAGCGCCACUUCACAGACCUGUCCGUUGGUGAGUGGCAGAAAGACAACAGCCCUAGUGGCAACACCACCCGUGUCCUAAGUUACACCAUCGCCAUCAACAAUCCCCUGGGCCCCAAGACCGCCCCCGUGGUGGAGACACAGACGCUGUAUAAAAACAGUGCUCCAGGCGAGUGUUACGUAGUGGACUCUGAGGUCAUCACCUCUGGGAUCCCCUACCAGGACUAUUUCUACACUGUUCACCGCUACUGCCUCACUUCCAUCAGCAAGCACAAGAGCAGACUCAGGGUGUCCUCAAACAUCUGCUACCGGAAGCAGCCGUGGAGUCUGGUCAAAGCCCUGAUCGAGAAGAACACCUGGAGUGGCAUUGAGGAGUACUACCGACACAUGGAGAGUGAAGUUUGUAAGCUGGAGACCCUCCUCCAGUCCGAGGUGUCGGUGGUGACCUCCGGGGACGCAGUGGGAGGAGACGCGGCUAAGACGCCCCCGGCCCUGCGCCGACGCAAACGCACCUGCUCCCGGCGCCAGAUGGACCGGGAGAGAGAGGGAGGCGGCGCGGGAGUGGGAGAGCGAGGCGACCGAGGGAUGGGAGAGGAGAGGGAGCGGAGAGACGCGGGCGGCCAGUACAAACACGGAGAGCGGUCACGUGGAGGAGGCAGCAGCAUCUCCACCAUACUGCUCAUAGUCAGCUUCAUGAUCUGUGUGAGUCUGGUAGUGUUGGUGGCUCUCAACAUGCUGUUAUUCUACAAGCUGUAUUCUCUGGAGAGAGCUGCGCACACGCUGGAGACGUGGCACUCCUACUCCCUCUCUGACAGUCCUCUGCCCCAGACAGCAGGCGAGUGGGCCCAGGUCCUUCAGCUCCAGAGACAAUUCCACCAGGCCCAGCUGGGCAAAUGGCAACACAUCCUCCAGUCCUCAGUCACUUUGCUAGAUCAGAUGAAACAAUCGCUGGAAAAGCUCCAUCGAGGAAUAGUCACUCCAGAAGUCCAGAAGGAUCCCCCCUCUGAUUCCCCUUCAGAGUCACUCAAUGAGCACUGAGCCCCCCUCGGGACACCUGUCCAGCCUCCAUCGUACACUAGCCCCCCACCCCAGAGGAACAGUAGGAGACCGUAGACCUCAUGGGAGAGGACAAGGGGCCAGGUUGGGAAAGGUCCUGUUGGGCCAAUCAGAGGACUUCUAUCUCUCUGAUCCCAGGCUCCACCUCCACCUCUCAACCCAAAACAGACGGGCAGAGGAGAUGCAUGGGUAGGAGAUACCUGUCGGGGGGACUACACUACCCAGAACCCCCCCCCCCCCCCCCCACAUCUUAGUCUGAGCACCCUAUAAUGGGUAACAAUGUAGUGAGCACCACCUCUCACAUCCAGACAAUUCUGUACAAGACUACAGCAAUAAAGGUCAUACAUAAAACUGAGUCGAGGUUAAGGGUGUGUUAAGGGUCGGUUAGUUCCAUCUACGCUACACCUGCCAUGCUGUCUCAGAACAAUCCCCCCACCUUACAAUCCAAAAGACAUGUUCCAAUGGACAGCCCUUUACUGCAUUUUAACAUGAAGCUGCACUUCAAAUGGACAGAAUCAAUCUAAACAUAGUUCAAAUGGACAGGCCUCGCCUGAAGGCAUUUCAAAUGGACAGGCCUCGCCUGAAGGCAUUUCAAAUGGACAGGCUCAGCCUGAAGGCAUUUCAAAUGGACAGGCUCAGCCUGAAGGCAUUUCAAAUGGACAGGCUCAGCCUGAAGGCAUUUCAAAUGGACAGGCUCAGCCUGAAGGCAUUUCAAAUGGACAGGCUCAGCCUGAAGGCAUUUCAAAUGGACAAGGCUCAGCCUGGAGGCAUUUGAAACGGACUGGCUCAGCCUGGAGGCAUUUGAAACGGACUGGCUCAGCCUGGAGGCAUUUGAAACGGACUGAAGUAGAGCGAAUUCUCGGAUGAUCAUCUCAGCAAGGACAUGGACUCUUAAGUGUCUCAGAUUCAGGGAAUUGAGAGAUCUCCCAUCCCUGGGAUACAGAUACGGCCCUGCCCUGCCUCUAAAUGCUGCCUCUUGUGUUGAUGGGUCCCACAGAGGGGGUCUGCUCAGUCCCCCCUGUUCCUCUGGGGAAAAUGGGACCCAUUACCAGAGAGAGAAAAGCUGAUAAACAGGAUACCUUCUGUCAUCCAGUUAUUUUUUUUCAUCCUCUCUGCGUUCAUCUGGGAUCAGCAGCGCCCAUCUUAAUGAUUUCCUGACAGUCUGUCCUCUGCUAGGAGGGGGAUCAUUUCCUAACAAGACUCAGUUUUUUUUUUUUAAGACAUGAAAAAUACAAAAACACUCCUACUCUGACUCAUAAAUCCCCUCCUAGCUCGUUUUUAUCAUUAGGUGUGACUGGGUUGUUUGGAGAAUUUGAGAGCAAGCGAAUGUUGUUGUGUGUUGUCAGACCGUUCCAGUAUUUAUUUAAGACGACUUCGAUUUGCCAGUGUUGUUUUUCCCCUGUUUGUUUUGUGCUCUGUUUCUACUUCAGCACGGACCAACACAGAGCUACACAGUAAAUAUUUCAAUGAUACUGGUCAUAGCAAUAAUGCUACUUGUGAAUAUAGUACUUUUGAAUGUGUGAAUAGUAUUAUAUUAAAUUGUGUUUAGGGUAAAACAAGACAAGCAAGAAAAGGAAAUCUAGAGUUGGACAAGACCGUAUAGAAAUAUGUACACUAUGUGUUAGUAAGAAAAUCCUCAAUGUUACAUCCUCAAUGUUUAAUGUUUGGUAUUAUCAUUUUUAUUGUUUUGUUUUGACACCUGGUCAGAUUGUAAUUGUUAUUGGAUGGGACUUGAACUGUUUCAGAGUUACAGACUGGACCCUGUAGCCCUGCUACGUCCUAAAUGAAACCCUGUUCCUUUUGCAGUGAGCUGUUCUGGUGGAAAAUAGUGCCCUACAUGGUGAAUGGGGUGUUAUUUAGGUCACAGUGUCUAGACCAGAUUAAACAUAGAUGCAAUUAACUAGUAACUUUUGUAGUUGAAACUGUGCUGGACUUAAAAAGGACCAACCAGAAUUCUAGGCCCGGAUGAAGAUAAGGGGAAACUAUUGCAGUAUUGUUUUUCAAAUUGAUCUUUUAUUGAUUUUCCUUUGUCUUUAUUUUAUAGUUUUUUCUUUGUCAAAAGGUUUCUGCUCUUUCCCUCUUUUCUGUUCCCCUCUGUCUCUAUCUGUCAAUCAAAAGGCUUUUUUUCUAAAUGAUUUCCCUUUCCAUCCUGUUGUUGUCUUUCUCUUUUUCCUUGUUGUGGUCCCUGUUUCUGUCCCUCCCUCCCUCCCUCCCUCCGUCUCCCUCCCUCUGUGUCUCUCCUGCUUAAUGAGGAGGUCAGCUGUUUUAGUGGAAGCCUUGCUGGGCACGGCCAAACAGUGAGUGAUCAAAGGACGUACUCUAUUUAUUGUGGUCAGGGAGAAUGGAUGAUGAGAGGGAGGGGGGUCUAGGUUAUGGGGGAAUGUACUGUAAAAUAUUUGAUUAAACACAAUGCCGAGGAGAGAAAUGAAAAACUCAAAAAUAAGAAACACUGUUUGUCUCGUUUUUGCAUAUGCUAAUCUUCAUUUGAUUCAGGACAUUGCUUUGACCUGUAAAAGUUGUACAGAGCUACAGCCCCGAUGGGGCUCAGAUGGCUGGAAGGUUGUCAAGCGGUCACCUCAGGUGUUGAGAAGCAGAGGACGGUGUGUCCAGAGUGGGGCCAGGUGUACUGUCAGUGGGCGAGGAGAAACUGUUAGCUGCAGCACCUCUGUUUUAGAGGACAUCAGAGUGCCUUUGGGAAAUAUUCAGACACCUUUACUUUCUCCACAUCGUUUUGUGUUGUGCACUUCAUUUAUUAUUGCUAAUGUAUUUGUUUGUCAUCAUCUACACACUAACGCCUAAUGACAUUAAAAAGUUUUUUUAUUCAG